AUGGCACGGGCAGCACAAAAAGCAUUUGAAGAGGCAAAACCAGUAAUUGCUGCUAUAAAGAAGAAGGGAGUGUCGAACAUAGGGGCUGCUGGCUAUUGUUGGGGUGCAAAGGUGGUUGUGGAGCUGGUGAAAGUUCAUGAGAUCCAGGCUGCUGUAUUGUUUCAUCCUUCUUUACUAAUUGUUGAUGACAUCAAAGAGGUCAAAUGUCCCAUUUCUAUACUUGGAGCUGAAAUCGACAAAACAUCCCCGCCUGAAUUGUUAAAGCAGUUUGAGCAGGUUCAUUCAGCUAAAUCUGGGUUCCCAGAGUAG